GAACGGACUACAUACAUAUAUCUAUAUAUCGAUACAUCUUCAAGUCGUCAAACGUACAUUCAAGUAUCGAAGUGCUAGCAAUAAACCAUUUAAAUUGAUCGAAGAACAGCGACAGCUGCUAUAAAAUUACAUUUUUGGCUCGUACGAAAAAACUAGCGACUACUGCGAAUUUCAUCACAACAAGAAAAUGUUACUACGACUUGCAUUGUCGACGGCUCGUCCGAGCGGCCUCUUGCUGGGCAAAUCUUCGCAGGCCUUCCUCAAAUCAAAGCCCAGCCUCAACAUAGUGCGCAACUAUGCACGCCAUCCUGUGCGCAACACACGCAAUCCUGUCGCCGUCGAACAGCCACGUGCGCCCACCCUCAAGGAGAAGCUAAUGGCGCCGCCAAGUGCCAACGCUUAUUCGAUGGGCAAAGGCGCUGUCGCCGGAGCCGCCGUCGUCGGACUCGGCGCACUCUGCUACUACGGCGUCGGCAUGGGCAAACACACAAGCAUUGCGGACAACGCCAUCAUGUGGCCGCAAUAUGUGAAGGAGCGCAUUCAGUCCAGCUACGCCUUCUUUGGGGGCUCUUGUAUAUUGACGGCUGCCUCCGCGGCGGCUGUGUUUCGCUCGCCACGCCUACUCUCGCUGGCCUCGCGAGGCGGUUUGCUGGUGCGCAGUACAGCAGCGAGCAGAAGCUAUUCAAUUGGUUCCAAAUCACGGCCAACACCGGAAAAGGGCUCAAUUGCGCAGCCGGCGACGGAGAACGUAGCGCAACAGGGACAAGUGUCGCAGCCGUUGGAAGAGACGGAGGCGGAGGAGGUGGACAGUCACAGUUGGGAGAUGGAGCGUCGUUAUUUGAAGAAUCCGUUUGCGGAUUUCUCGGGCGGCGAGAAUACGCCCUUUGCCACCGAUGAGGAGCACAUCAAGACCCUGAUAUGCACCUAUGUGGACGCCAUAUUGGAGCACUGUCAUCCCAAUAGCGACGAGGAGGACAAUCGCGGUGAUCUGUAUGUGGGCAAUGCGGGCAUUGCCUACAUGUUCUGGAAGCUGCACAGUUGCGAACAGACGCGUGAUCUGUAUCCAGCGCUGGAGCACGCAGCCGCCUUCAUACGCAACGCCAAGGCGAAUGCCAAGCGAUACAAGAAACGCUCCGCGGAGCGUUAUUCGUUUCUGUGCGGCAAUGCUGGCAUCUAUGCCGUCUCGGCGGCCAUCUCGCAGGAGGCCAAGAACACGGAGGAGCUGUCCAAUGAUUUGGCCAACUUCAAGUCGGGCAUACCAUCGAGCAAGGAGUUCAUGCACACCAAAUACGGCUGCGAUGAGGUGCUUGUGGGCCGUGCCGGCUAUCUAUCCGGCUGCUAUUGGCUGAACGAUGUGCUGCCGGAGAAGAAGAUAACCGAUGAUGAUCUGGUCUCCAUUUGCCAGCUGAUCGUGACCAGCGGGCGCGAGUACAGCAAACUCAACAAUUCGCCCCUGCCACUGAUGUAUCAGUACCAUGGGACCGAGUAUUUGGGCGCCGCCCAUGGACUGUGCGCCAUACUGCACAUGCUGCUGGAUAGUCCCUGGUUCCGUACGGUGCCAAUUUCGGCGCCGGCCGCUGAGCUGCGCGACAUUAAGCGCUCCAUUGACUACUUUCUGGAGCUGCAGGACAAUGAGGGCAAUUUUCCGGUGGCCCUGGAGGAUUUGCGCUCCGGACGCGACAAGCGUCUGGUGCACUGGUGCCAUGGCGCACCCGGUGCUGUCUAUGUGCUGGCCAAGGCCUAUUUGAUAUUCAAGGAGGACAAGUACAUUAUCUCGCUGCGACGCGCCGCCGAUCUUGUCUGGAAGAAGGGCUUCCUGCGCAAGGGGCCCGGCAUCUGUCAUGGCGUCGCCGGCAACGGUUAUGUCUUUCUGCUGCUCUUUCGCCUGACCAACGAAAUGAAGUACCUGUAUCGGGCGCACAAAUUCAUGGAGCUGCUAACCAAUUCGGAGUUCAAGCAGCGCGCCCGUGUCCCAGAUCGGCCGCACAGCCUGUACGAGGGCGUCGCCGGCACCGUCUGUUUCCUGGUCGAUCUGCUUGAGCCGGAGCAGGCGCACUUUCCCUUCAUGGAUGUCUUUCACUAGACACACCACACACACCGCAGACACUACGGCAGCCCAGUAUCCGAAACCGAUUCACAAAAUCUUUACACCCGUUCAGCAAAUGUAUUCUCACCGACUUUUGCGAAUUUCGACACACACACAUAAACACAACAAAUCAGGGAGUUGAUUUUUUUUCUAGUCAAAUUUGUGUUACGUCCCCGCCGUUAAUUUGUUUUGUUAUUCUCGUUGCCGUUCGGACGCGAACGAAUCACUGACGGUUAGGAUCAUAAGAUCUCAGUGCAUGGUAAAACCUUACCCCCCCUCCCCCCACCCACACACACACACACACCGCCCCCAUCCCCGCUCUUGGGCCCAUUUGAAAGAGGGGCAGCUAAUCAAUUGAGUGCGUGGCGCCAAUCACCGAACGCAGAAUGUUAUUAAUCAUUCUCAUAUCAAAAUUCUCUGUGCUUUAAGCUAAGCAAUUAAAUAAAAUAAUAAUAAUA